CAAAAAAAAAAAUUGUUGUCAAGAAGAGAGAGAGAGAUGGUUUAUUGAGUUUGUCAAUAUUAUAAAAAUUAAUUUAUAAUGUUGAUAUCACGAGGAUUUGGAUUAGCAAAAAAUGUUGCUGUUAUUGCAACACGUAAAUUACCAAAAACUGUAGUUCAAACUCGUAAUUCUGGACACAGUUAUAUGUAUCGUGACGUCAAAGAAGCACCCAGAAAAGAUGUUUGGAUGGCUGAAAUUAGUACUGGUAUAAUGUGGUGGUGGGUUCUUUGGCAUAUGUGGCAUGACUGGGGACACAUUGUUGGUGAAUUUGAUUAUCCUGAUCCAUCAAAAUGGACUAAUGAAGAGCUUGGAAUUCCACCAGAUGAUGUUGAUUUGUAAUUUAAUUAAAAUUACAUAGAGAUAAUAAUACAUUUAUAUGUUUGUCUUGUAGACAUAUUGUAAUAUACUAGCUAUAUAUUAAUCUAAAGAAAAAAACUAUACAACUGUUUUUAUUUUCUCCAAUUAAUAUAAACACAAAACAACAACAACAAUCUAAAAUGAAAGGCUUUGUUUAUGUUUUUUCGACUUGUUUUAGAAUAAUCAAUUACAAUUUGAUAAAAAAUAAUAAAUGAUAAUUAUAAAAUG